CUGUCACUGAGCAACACUGAACAAUGUGAGGAGGAGAAGACUUUUUAUUGAUUUCUGAACUGUUUUUCGGGAGUUUUUACGUUUCGACGUGACAUUAAACUCUGAAGUUGGUUCAACUAUAUCCUGUUUGUUUGUUUUCCCAGCAGGGGGCCCAGUGGGGCUGCAGGUAGCUGCUGAUGAUGGUGAAGGUGUUUCGUUGUCCGGCUCGUCAUGGUUACGCUGUGGAGACGUCUCCAUUCAUCCCCAACAGAGUGGCCUGCGCUGCCUCUCAGUACUAUGGAAUAGCAGGUUGUGGCACACUUCUGAUCCUGGAUGAGACGGAAACAGGGAUUUCUCUCGUAAGGAGCUGGGAGUGGGGUGACGGUUUGUUCGAUGUGACGUGGAGCGAAGCCAAUGAGCACGUCUUGGUCGCCGGGGGCGGAGAUGGCAGCCUGCAGCUGUGGGACACCAAUCACAGCGCUCCGCUGAGGGUGGCCAAGGAACACACACAAGAGGUGUACGCUGUAGACUGGAGUCAAACCCGAGGAGAGAACCUCAUCGUCUCUGGAUCGUGGGAUCAGACGGCUAAAGUGUGGGAUCCUGCUCUCAGCCAAUCAUUGAUCACGCUCAAAGGUCAUGAAGGGGUCAUCUACAGCACCAUUUGGUCGCCUCACAUCCCAGGAUGCUUUGCUUCAGCCUCAGGUGACGGGACGCUCAGAGUUUGGGACGUAAAGAGCGCCAUGUGUCGAUUGGCCAUCCCAGCACACAAGACUGAGAUCCUCAGCUGUGAUUGGUGCAAAUAUGACCAGAACAUUGUGGCCACAGGCUCAGUAGACUGCAGUGUGUGUGUGUGGGACCUGAGGAACGUCCGACAGCCUGUCAAUCAACUGUUAGGCCACACCUACGCCAUCCGCAGAGUCAAGUUUUCUCCGUUCAGUAACACCGUGUUGGCAUCCUGCUCGUACGACUUCACUGUCAGGUUCUGGGAUUACAGCAGGAACCAGCCUCUUCUAGACACUGUGGAGCAUCACUCAGAGUUCGUCUGUGGGUUAGACUUCAGCCUGCAUGUCCCCAACCAGGUAGUUGACUGUUCCUGGGACGAGAUGGUGAAGAUCUACACACCUGCCUGUCUAUCAGCUGGAUCGUAACACACAAAGACCCACACAGAGUAACUACCAUAGUCUUUUAGACCUUGUAUUGAUUUCCAUUUAUUGUCCUGGAGACUUAUUUUACCCCAGUGAGUCUUUCCCUGUCCUGUCAGGCUCUUCUUUUGGGAAUAAAGAUAUUUUAACUCCCCAAGUUGUUGGAGAGGUUUGCAGAUUUUAAAAGCUUGGACAAUAAGAGAGUUUGGUUAUCAGAGUCAGUAUAAAAAAUGGUGGAUCAGUGCAUCUAGACUUAAAACAAAGUCUCAACAAAGUGAUUAUAUGAGCAGAUAUUUGUCCUCACAAGAAAUGCCAAAACACACAGUGCCAUCAUUAUAAGCAGCAAUGUGACACAGAUACGUUUUUUUUUUAAAUACCUUAUAUAAAUACUGCUUGUAAUGUGUUUUAAUACGACCCAAAGAAGGCCACAAGCAGUUUGGAAGUAGAUGAAGUUGAGCCAGAAACCUCCUCCUCUGUUCCUAAAACAUUUAAGUUCCUACAUUUCCUAUUGUGACUUUUAAUUCUGAUGAAUAGCACAAGGGAAUAAAAAGAGCUGAAAUUUAACUACUGACAAGCAAGUGCCCUAAUUAGCAUAUAAGUAGUACAUUUCAACGUUGUGCUGUGAUUAUGAUACAGCAGUGAUACAGCUGUACAGUGAAUCAUUUAAGUCUCAUCUCAUCAGUUUGUUUCAAUAAAGCAGAAAAUGAGAUUUGUAAAACAUCCAUAAUGUAUUUAGGUAUUAUUGAUUGUUAUGUUGAACUACUGUGAGUGUAUCAGGUAAAUCAGGAUGUUUAACAAUGAGUGUGUGAUCCAAGAUAUCCAUGAUAUGCUUCUGUUUCAGCUCAGUGAUAUUCAGCUACAGUACAAAUGUCAGCUGUGACCAAUUUUAUGGCUUAAAUGUCACCAGUUUGGUUCAUGGUAAUGAUGAUGGUCUGUAUGUGCAGUGCCUUCAACAAAGCAGCAAAUGAAGUGAUUUUAAAAACAUAUCUUUUCAGUUAAGUAUGUAAUUUAAUCUCCUCAAUCAAUACCUCUGUUGUAUAUUUCUUUUUCUUAACAAAUUCCAUUAAAAUAUCAAUAUUUUAGUUGUUCUCUGCUUAUUUUCUGAAGCCCUUACUUUGUGACUCUAAGCUCUGAGCCUACUGGUUCCUAUUAAAGACAUACAGUUUUAAAAAUAGAUAUCAUUUUUUUAAAAGGCUCAGUAAUUUUC